AAGAAGAAGAAGAAGAAGAAGAAACCCGUGACGUCAUUCCAGGGGCGCCAAAUCUGGAUGAGACAGAAACACAACACGGAGCUGUCAACGUCUACUUCGCCGGCUGUUAUGGACCUCAGCCCCUUUGACAAGGACAACUCGGUCAGCUGCAGACUGUCUUCUCAGAUCCCGGAUGUCUGCCGGACUGAGGACUGCUGUUUGGGCAUCGACGAGGCCGGCAGGGGGCCCGUGCUGGGGCCCAUGGUGUAUGGAAUAUGUUUCUGUCCGGUUUCCAAAAAGCAGGAGCUGAAGGACUCCAAAGUGGCAGAUUCAAAGACACUGACCGAGGCAGAAAGAGAGAAUCUUUUCCAAGCACUGGAUGAAGCCCGGAGUUACAUCGGCUGGGCUGUGCAGAUUCUCUCCCCCAACACCAUCUCCACCAGCAUGUUGCAGAGGACAAAAUACAACCUGAACGCCAUUUCGCAUGACACCGCGAUUGGUCUGGUGCAGUAUGCCUUGGACAGUGGAGUACAGCUCACAGAGGUCUUUGUGGACACAGUCGGCCCGGCAGAGAAGUACGAGGAGAAACUCUCGAAGCUCUUCCCGGGUAUCGAGGUGACGGUGAGGCCAAAGGCCGACUCCCUCUUCCCCGUCGUCAGUGCCGCCAGUAUUUGUGCGAAGGUGGCCCGGGAUCGCAUUGUGAAGGGCUGGAACUUCGCCGAGGACCUGGAAGAUGUGGAUGCAGACUACGGCUCCGGAUACCCCAAUGACCCUAAGACUAAAGCGUGGAUGCUGAAGUACCUGGACCCAGUGUUCGGUUACCCUCAGUUUGUUCGAUUUAGCUGGAGCACUGCCCAAACCCUGAUGGACAGCAAGGGUGUGACAGUCCACUGGGACGACGAUGACGAGGACGGGGAGAAGGCGGCCCAGCGGCAGAACAACAAGUCCAUGUUGGCGUACUUCAGUGCAUCAGCUGGAGGUAACGACCAAAACCCGACCCGCCAGACACACCGCUUCUUCAGCGAGCGCAGGCUGAAGAGCCUCGACACACUCUGAAGACGGCACAAUAGAAGACGUGCGCACACUGACUGGAAAUCAUAAACCUUUUGUGAGAUUACGUCACUGAUGUGGACUUUGAUGAAACAUUACAGAUAGUUUGUGUUUGUAUCGCCAAUGCAGACGUAAAUGAAGAACUUUAUUUUUCCUGUUUGUAAAAGUUUUUUAUUUUAAUUUUAUAAAAAUUCACGUUUCUUCCUUU